CCCGUACCCUGAGAGGGGCUGGAAGGAAAUGAAUUUUGAAGCAGCGCCGUUCAGCACCUUGCAGUACUACCCCGAGCCCUGCAUCCCGCGGUUUGUAGAAACUCCGAGCCACUUCUCCUGGAAGGAGAGUUACUACCGCUCAGCCAUGUCCCAGAGCUCCCAACCCAGGGAGUUUCUCAGCCCAGAGGUGAUCCAGCAUAUCUGGGACUUCCUGGAACAGCCAAUAUGCUCAGUUCAGCCAAUUGAUUUGAACUUUAUUGAUGACCCAUCUGAAAAUGGCCCUACAAACAAGAUAGAGAUCAGCAUGGAUUGUGUCCGUCUGCAGGAUACGGAGCUGAGUGACCCAAUGUGGCCACAGUACACGAACCUGGGGCUCCUAAACAGCAUGGACCAGCAGAUUCAGAAUGGCUCUUCCUCCACCAGCCCCUACAACACGGAGCAUGCACAGAACAGCGUCACGGCCCCCUCGCCUUACGCCCAGCCCAGCUCCACUUUUGAUGCCCUCUCGCCCUCCCCAGCCAUCCCUUCCAACACAGACUACCCAGGACCUCACAGCUUCGAUGUAUCAUUUCAACAAUCCAGCACAGCAAAGUCUGCAACAUGGACGUAUUCCACUGAACUGAAGAAGCUGUACUGCCAGAUUGCCAAGACAUGCCCCAUUCAGAUCAAAGUGAUGACCCCACCACCCCAGGGAGCCGUCAUCCGGGCUAUGCCAGUCUACAAGAAAGCAGAGCAUGUCACUGAAGUGGUCAAGCGCUGCCCAAACCAUGAACUGAGCCGGGAAUUCAACGAAGGGCAGAUUGCACCUCCUAGCCACUUGAUCAGAGUGGAAGGAAACAGCCAUGCCCAGUAUGUGGAAGACCCCAUCACAGGGAGACAGAGUGUGUUGGUCCCAUAUGAGCCACCCCAGGUUGGUACCGAGUUCACAACAGUCUUGUACAACUUCAUGUGUAACAGUAGCUGCGUAGGAGGGAUGAACCGUCGGCCAAUUCUCAUCAUUGUCACGCUGGAAACCAGAGAUGGGCAAGUCUUGGGCCGCCGAUGUUUUGAAGCUCGCAUUUGUGCUUGCCCAGGAAGAGAUCGCAAAGCAGAUGAGGACAGCAUCCGCAAGCAGCAAGUCUCUGACAGCACAAAGAAUGGUGAUGGUACGAAACGCCCUUUUCGACAAGGAACUCAUGGCAUACAGAUGACAUCUAUCAAAAAAAGACGUUCUCCAGAUGAUGAGCUCUUGUACUUGCCGGUGAGGGGACGAGAAACAUAUGAAAUGCUACUGAAGAUCAAAGAGUCCCUGGAACUUAUGCAGUACCUUCCCCAGCACACAAUUGAGACUUACCGGCAGCAGCAGCAACAGCAGCACCAGCACUUGCUCCAGAAGCAUCUCCUUUCGGCCUGCUUCAGGAGUGAACUCGUGGACUCAAGGAGAGACUCUCCCAAACAGACCGAUACCAUCCUAAAACAUUCCAGCCUCCCAAAACCAUCAGUAUAUCCAUAAAUGGAGCUGGCAGGCUGGCUUUGCCCGGCUCAUGGGACUAGGAGCAUUGGGACAAAUAUACAGCCUGAUAGCAACAGUACAUAGUGAGAGUAAUCUCCUGAAGGGACUCAAACUUUGCCAAAACAACAGACGCUUCUACAGAUCUCUUAGCUGUAGCUGGUGGCACUGGGAGGUCUGGAACCACGAUGUUGUCUGUCUUGGUGUAACUUUUUCCUUCUUGUUUUUGUAACCUCUUUCCUGUUAACUUCUGUAUUUGUGAAACACAGUGGGGUUUCUCUGAGCAGGUCUCAAUUUUAAAAUGCCUUGUCUUGUAUAAAUUUAAGAAAGUAUUAAUGGGGCUGGGUGGGAAUAGGAGGAGGGUGGGAUGUUUUGAAGUCUGUGCUACUCUGUUAGGCCUGUUUUAAUGCCAUUUAUGCAGUAAUAGUGCAAUUAUCUGAAGUAUCUGUACUGCUGGACAGAGGGAGGUAGUAACUAUGUUGAUACUGAUUAAGUCAUUUUUCCCCUGUAGAAAUGCCCUCUAGUUUGGUAUUAUGAAUUGUUUCCUUCUAUUUCUAAUCAUAAAAGGUCUGAUUUAAACUAGAUUAAAAAAAGACAGGGAAGGCUGGAUGACGCUGUCAGACUUUGCAAUGAAACUUCUGGGCUUUGUCUAGAUGUGCUGAACUUAGAAAGCUCCUUCCUGGCUCUCAUAAGCUCAGUCCAAGUGCACACGGUGAAGAUGAAGUUGGAGUCUUGCUGUGUAAUGACAUCCACAUGUACCCAGUGUCCCUGUCCCCUUGUGUCUGAGAGUGUAACGGGCAGUCUGUCCAAAUCUGAUCAUUGCUCAACCUGUGUAAAGCUUGCCCAAAGUUCAGAGCUCGCCCCUUUCCAUGCAGACUUUCAGCGGUUGUUAGAUGUUCUUUCAUUAAGCUUACUACAUUGCAGCCUUCACUACAGUCCUCAUCUCAAAGGAGAAGAGUGCCAGCAUCUGUUAGAGAUAGCUCACCCUGAUGGCCUUAAGCCAUGCCUGCUUUGCCCUGUAAUCUUGCAACCAUUGCUUUUGCUUAGUGGGUCCAUAAAGUGGACUGAACUAGCAGUUUCUGCAUAGGAGACCCUUUAUCAACAAAGACUUGUAAACUUUCGCAUUGCUUGUGUCAAAUUACCUCUGAAAGGUGUUUUAAUGGGGCUUGACAAGAUUUGUGUUCUUUAGAAGGUUAAUGUCUAAGUGCCAAACCCAGAUCAGCACAAAGGAAGAAUGAUGAACAGGCAAGUAAAGCAUGCCAUGGAAUUACACUGGUAUUGUCGAUUAUGGCUCUGGGAGGAGAUACUGGAGAUGAGAAGGGAGCUGAGGAGAUGCCUGCUGUGGCUUAUCUUCACAAAGAAUGGUGCCUAAUGCUGAUAGAAAAGUGUCCUUCAUGUUCUCAGUCAGUAGCAUCUCAUCUGGGGAACCGUCCAGUGUUCAUGGCUGUGGAAAGUAGAAAUGUAAAAAGCUUACUGAGGGGUGCUCUGGGAAAGGAGCUUCCUGUGUGCUGGUGUUUGUCCACAUCAAUGGCAGUCACAGAGCAGAGCUUGGAUGCACAUCAGGGAUCAGUUGCUUGUGGGAAGAACUGUGAAUUGGGGGCUGGAUCAGUACUAAUGGGGAGCUGUGUAUCUGUAGCUCCGCACUGGAUUUACUUGAGGCAGGUGUGUACCCACCACUGAUACACUUCUGGUUAGGCACAGCCUGAAGAAAAGAUGCCUUUCAAAUGCAGAGCGGGGCUCCUGGCCACCCACAAAGAAAGAGGAGGCCUGAUGCAGUGGGAGAUCUCUUAUCUGUGAACAUCUCAUCAUCUGCUUCCAGGCAGCAGAGCUGUGAUCUAAGCAGGCGAUGACUCGCUCCAAAAUCUCUUUUGAGAGCUGUAUUCUAUCUCUGGAUAUGUCCUUUGUUGGCUUAAUGAGAUGACUUAUACCAUAAGAGUGUGGGGGAGAGCUGGUGUAGAAGAGCCCCAAAAAAGUGAUUAAUAACUAAACACCAGCAGUUUACUAUUCAUACAGUUGCACUUCAACCAUUGUUCUUUAUAUAAAAUCAUUCAAAUCAAGUACCUCUUCACUUUGUCUGAGAACUGCAGGGAGUACUUCAAGAUCACAGAAAAGAUAAUUUUCUCUCUGUGCUUUUUUAUUUGGAACAAGAAAGGCACUGCUUAUUCUCAGUAUUCACACAUAGAAUCUGAACUGCAUAUACAGCCCAAAUGUGGGAAUAUGCUUGGCAACGUUGGUCUGUCCUUCCAAGUCAAGUUCAUUACAUUGGUUCUGUCUGCUUAUUGAUGGCAAUGUGGAAAUGCUGGGAUGAAGUAAAUAAAAAGGAUAAGGGUAUAUAAUGAAUAACAAGAGCUUUGCUUCAAGGCCUGCCUGGUAGUGAGUUUGAGGAGGCAAACUAUCAGAAGGUGUCAGCCACAGCCCACCAUCAGGAGAUCCCAGCUGAUGCUUCGGUUCAUUGUUUAGUCUGCCUGUGGGGAGAACUCUUGCACCACUGUGGGCAGUGCAAAUACAGCACCUGGGACUUGCACAAAACAAGCAAGUGAAUUAGUUGGAUCCCACUGGAAAGGUUUUCCUGUUUGUACUCCGUAUUUAGAAGUAGAUGACUGUGAAGAUGGUCUUAACGGUGACUGUUUGCUCUCCAGCUAGAAAGUGAUUAUCUUAGAAAGUGCAGCUUUUUCCAUCAAAUAACCUCAAACUGGAAGUAGUUGAAAUUGCUUUUUCCAUCUGUCCUCUGCAGCUGAACGAAAGAACAAAACCCUUUUCCCAACCAGCUGUCUUUUUGAUUUUUCUCCUUUUAUUUCAAACAAGCAAUAGCCUUUCAAGGAAUAACCAGUUAAUACUGGGCCUUGUCAGUCAGGUUGUGUCAGUCUUUGUCAACUAGUUAAUGUAUAUCCACAUACAGCUGUGAUCCCUGAAGAGCAUAUUGCAUCCACUGCUUAUGUUGGGAAAUUCCCAAACCUGAUAUCUAGUGGGAAUUAUUAGUUCCACCCUUAUCCCUGUGCUGUAGCUGCUGUCUGCUUUGUGACAGUCAGAGCGUCUCCUUUCCAAUGCUCUCAGUUGGGUACUAAACAUGCAAAACACUUUCGUGGUUGAAAAGAUGAACUAUUGGUUGCUUAAAACUGCACCUUUCUGAGAUGUGAAGAACAAGGGUAUCUCUGCUUCUUAGUGUCCUGUUUCAUGAGCCUUAUAAAUGGGUGAGUGCAACUGAGCAUCUGUAUUAUUUGUGUUGUUAUUAGACAUGUUGACAUCCCAAGGUUAUGCAACCCAGUGGGCAUCUCUACUUGAAAAAAAAUGUUGUUCCUGGGCAUACAAACUGUAUGUGAACUUAGGGUGUAAUCCUUCUGUCCUUGCUGUGGCCAUCAUAAGGAAUAGCAGGCCCAGGACUGGGCAACCUUGACUCCACUUGGGUCUCUGUGAAUAGCUUUGGGUCUUCAGGGACAGCAAACUGUAGGCAAUGGGGCUGGGGUGAAUUCUUACUCUCCAACUCUGUGCUGUCCUACUCUUGCACUUAGUGAAACUUCAUCAUUUACAUUAAUGCUGCUUACAUUAUGGUGUGCUUAUCUAAAGUUAAUGAGGACUCCUACUGAAUCAGAUAAUUGGUCUAUCCAAGCAGUUUCCUACCUCCGGUAAAGGGCUGAUACCCGUUGAGCUGGGAAAGCGCAGAAUUAUAUAAGGUAACCUGUGAACUGAACUGUGCUUAAUAUGUGGGAGAGUAAGUUCCUUCCUGACCUCUUGAGAUGAUCAGUAUGUGCCUUGAAGCAUGAGAGUUGAUUGCCCUCAUAUAAGCUUGCAUAACUACAAAUCUUACUGGAUAAAUAAUUACCUUGCCACUUGAAGAGAGAAAAAUCAGUUGCAGAAUGUGACUCAGUGCCUUUUGUAUCAGGCUGUUCCAAGAAGUAUAAUAGUCUCUUAAUUGAAGUCCUUAUACCUUGAUAUUAAAAUGCAUUUCAUUGGCAUUGAUAUCAAAGAAAUGUUAAUGCUCUGACUUCUAAUCUUUCUCGAGAUGUAGUAAGUGUGAUUUUAAUGAAAAUCACUGUGCAUGACAUUCUUAUAAUAUCUAUUUUUAAAAAAAGAAAAAAAGCAAUAUAUUUUAAAUGAAGCCACGGAUACCACGUAGACUGUGUGUUUAAUACCAAAAACAUUUUCUUGUGUUUUUAAGGCUGUUGUUAUAUUGAUGUGUGACAUUAAUUUUGAAUAAAAUUUUGCAUCUUGGUUUA